AUACCCGACUCGUAUUCAACUAGAGACGUUUUUAGCCAGAGCGUGCAACCGAACGAUCGUCCCCGCUUGUUCCUUUAGUUUUGGAAUUCUCUUCCAGCUAAGGAAUACCAACUUUUCUGAUAAUACUCGCUUGCGGGAUUCGCGAUCCAACAGGCAUCUUCUACUGAGGGUGAACAUUUUAAAAGGCAGAAAUCGUCAGAUGACGAUUUAGUAACGAUCCAGUGCUGCAGCUGUACAGUUAAGAUCAGUAUAAUAAUCUAUAAUGUUCGAUUCAAAAGUAUUUUCGUUGUUAGUCGUGUUAUUAAUUAAGAGUCAAACACACUGUGCACCUAUAGAGAACAUGUUAACAGAUGUGUUGAUAUUUGAUAGAGAUCCUGAUACUGUAACGCAAGAGCUACCAGACCCAACGAAACGAAUCAAAAUACCAGCAAUAUCAGAAAAUGAUGCUGAGGCACUGCUCGGCAAUCUGGGUUUUAACGAAACUGAAAGCACCGAUGAGUUUGGUGUUUCCUCAAGAUUCAGCUUUGGUCAAGGCAUCUCACUUGAAGAAAUGUUCCGAAACUACCAACGAUCGGUUGGUUUGAAUGAAACGGGAAAGCUAGACGAUGACACCAAAUUGUCCAUGGCAGCCCCUCGCUGUGGAACACGGAAUUUGGCCAAACGCGGCGAUGACUCAAAGUGGAAUAAACGGUUGAUAACCUAUAUAAUCCGAGACUAUCCGGCCGGUGCGUCCCCUACGUCCGUUCAGAACUUGUUGAAACGGGCAUUCAAUGAGUGGAGUAAAGUGACCAAUUUGGACUUUUUGGAAACCAAAGAACGCGAAGCAGACAUCGAGGUCAACUUUGGUGGAACAUCGCACAGCAGACGAGACAGGCGUUGCUCGUUCGAUAGUCCAACCAUUAUGGCGCAUGCUUACUUUCCCGAGGAUGGCGAUCUGCACUUCAACUCGAAGUACUUUUUCGAUAACGUGGAAUACCUCGAGGAUUUUCUGGACACAGCGAUGCACGAAAUUGGCCAUUCUCUGGGGUUGGAGCACACAAAUACCAAGGGUGCUCUGAUGCAUCCCACCGACAUGAAUCGGUACACGAAACCACAGCCGGACGAUGUCAGGAGGAUACAAAAACUAUACGGAGCACGACGUGGCGGCAGAGCCAUCGAAGACAAUGCGGCACCACGGUUGUGCACUGUCAAAAAGUACGACGGCAUCGUGGACGAUAUCACCGGAGAUUGGUUUAUCCUGUCUGGCAAAUACUACUUCCAACCGGAAAGCAGCAAUCCCACCGGUAAGCUGAUUUCCAGCAAAUGGCCCGGCCUGACCGGUGACAUCGACGCUGCGUUCCGGUAUCCCGAUGGGAGGACGUACUUCUUCAAGGGUGAUCGCUUCUGGCGGUACCGAGGUAGCCGACUGGAAGUUGGCUAUCCGCGGAAAAUCUCCGAAGGUUUCCCAGGACUGCCGAACAAUAUUGAUGCAGCGUUUGUUGAUUCGAAGAGCAAAAUUUUUGCGGUGAAGCACAACACCUAUUGGGUGUACGAUUCGGAUGCUGACAGCACGCCGUCCUUUAGGAUAAGCUCUCUCGGUUUACCGAGCAAUGUUGAUGCCGCUAUUAAUACUGGAAAAUCGUUCAUCGCGUUCAAAGGGAAACAUUUCUAUCGGUUUCAGAAUGGGAAAUUCACUGAGUUUGUAAAUAAAUGGAUGAUUUGCUGA